GUUUAAAUUGCUGAGGACGUACGAAGUGGGAUUCAAGACUGGGAUUCCGUGCGUUAAUCCUUGUUAACUAGGAAUGGUUCCUGGAGUUGCAAAUAAGCUAGAAGAUAAAAAUGUGGUUUCAGACUCUGGCAGUGACUCAGAUGACUCUGCACCAGAAGUAGAAGAUUCUAAAGGCCAGGGUGAUGCCAAAGUAUCACACAUGACUGACGACCUACUCAGCCGGUGUAAACAGUCAAGGAGCGAAAAAAAAGCUAGAAAAGCAAUGUCGAAGCUGGGUCUAAAACUGGUGCAGGGAGUUUGUCGCGUAACUAUUCGGAAAGCGAAAUCUAUCAUGUUUGUGAUCAACAGAGCUGAGGUAUAUAAAUCUUCUGCCUCGGAUACAUACAUAAUAUUCGGCGAGGCUAAGGCAGAAGAUAUAUCGGCACAAGCUCAGAUAGCUGCAGCGGAAAAACUUCGUAGUCAAGCCAUGGGAGGCGCUGACCUAGGAACAUCCAGUGGACUAUCAAAAGAUACGGUCUCCUCUGUCUCUAAGACUGCUAUUGCAGAAGAGUCUGAAGAUGAGGAACAGCCUGAUGCCACUGGAUUAGACGACAAAGAUGUUGAACUUAUCAUGCAACAAGCUGGUGUUUCCCGCAAUAAAGCUAUUCGAGCGCUUAUCAACAAUAAUGAUGAUGUGGUUAAUGCAAUAAUGUCACUCACAGAAUAACUGGACGGUUUCAAAGGACCGCUAUUACUAUAUAACGCAACAAGGUUUGUUGUAACCUAACAAACACUAACUGACAUCUCAUAUGUUAUCGUCUAAGAAACUUUUUAAAAACUGGUUUCAAACUUUUGUAUUUCGCUGUUGCUUGCCGUUUGUUACGCGUUUUCUUAGACAGCAGGGAAUAAACAAGCAAGAAGUUCGCAAAGUCUAUUCGUUGACUUCAAUGUGAAUCCACAUGAUUUAAUAGGAUUUAAAUUUCUUGUCCGAAAUUUCUUCGUUUGUGUAUUCUGAAGUAGAUUCUAUAGCCUUGUUAUUGCCUAAAAACUGUUGACCUCAUUUCACGAAUGUAUAAAUCCACUUGAUGCGUAGGUUAUUGUCGAUUGUGUUGAUGCUUACUUUAUCAUAGUUAAUAUGAGUAGAAUUCACUU